AUGUCUGAAAGAACAUUAGAUUUUGUGGAUCAAAGAAACCAAGUUAGAAAACUUGUCACUUGGCCAUGGAAUUUUGUAUUUGGAUUGCAAAGUUUCUAGACAGUGCAACAUAUUUACAACUUUACUGCCAGGACUAUAUUUGCAGCAUCAAGUCUUAUUCCAUUUUUAACAACAUACAACACACAUCAAUUUGCUUAUGCUGAAAACUCAGUCAGAUUAACUAGAUAUCGAAAUUAUCAUGAUGAUAUUAUCUGAUACAUUUGCAUAUAUAUACAUCCAAAAAGAAUCAUUAUUUACAAUAUAUUAACA